GCGCACAGGAGGCUUCGAAAAAGGGGGCGGGGCUUGCGCUCCGAGGCUGCCCGGGCCAUGGCUACAGUGGAGUCGAAGAGAGCUCUUAUGAGUAAGGAAGAUCCCAGAAGAGAUACCUGUGUGAAGGGUGAACGCUUGAAAAAUAUCACCAUCAGCAAAGAGGAAGGAUUUAAUGCUAUGGCAGCAGAUGAAAGUGCUAUAGAGAAGCAAGUUGGGGAUCCCAAGAUGGCCCCCGAUGGCGAAACCAACGGCUCUUGCGAGUUCAAUGAAACCAAGAGCCACUCCGGUGCAGCUAAGAACACUCAGGACAGCGCCAAAGUGAGCCAAGGGAACUCUGUGGCCAAGUUGAGCCGGAUAGCGGAAAACGGCCUUUUGGAGAGAGAUGGUCUCGCCGGGAAGCAGAACCACAUCAAAGCCAACGAUUUCACGCAGACGUCGGUCACGGGGAGCAAUGGUUACAUUUUGCCGAAACAGACAGCUCAGGAGGUGCCCGCCAGGACUAACAGCGGGGCUUUUGCUUCCCUCCCCGGCCAUGCCGCUAAAACCCUCCCUGUGGGCAAGGGGAGAACGUUGAGCGCCUUUGCCCAGGCCGCUUUGCCGGCGAAACACGGGGAAGGCGCCAAGGACGGCGAGGGGAAGAAAAGUACAGGCGCACAUGGCAACAUGAAGGUUCACAGAGCCCGGAAGACACUACCCAAGUCUCCCUCAGACCAGGUUUUACGUGUGUGUUUUAAUUGUAAUCUUGGGCGUGCCUCAAAAUGGGUCAAGACAUCCUGGCUUAAGUUGUGUGAGAUGCAGAAUGUGGUGGUACGGGCUGUUGGGAGAGUGGACUUAGUAACAACAGACACUCAUAAGAGCACACAUGUCAACAUGAAGUUUCACAGAGCCCGGAAGACACUACCCAAGUCUCCCUCAGACCAGAAUGCAAGUAAAGACUCCAAAGAAGCCAAAACACCGAAGGAAGAUGGCAACUCAAACAUUUUGGAAUUUGGAAGCCCCCCUUCGUUGCCCCCCAUCCUUGGCCUUCAUUCAUCUCUACCUCAGAACCAGAGCUAUGUGGCCACCUCUAAAUCGCAGACAGCCGCUUCAGUAUCGCGCAAGAAAAAACGAAGAAUGGGGACUUACAGCUUGGUUCCCAAGAAGAAGACCAAAGUUUUGAAGCAGCGGACGAUGACUGAAAUGUUUAAAAGCAUAAUGCAAGCCACUUCUGGUGUCAAGGGCGAAAAGGGUGACGCCAGUCUGCAUGUGAAUGGGGAACGGCUAGACAUGGAGUCUGAAGAGGAGGAUUCGGAUGAACUGGAAGAGGACGACGAACGUGGGACGGACAACCCAGCUGCUUUUCCUGCUGAAGACAACCGGACGGCUAAAGAAGGGGAUGCGAAUGCCAGCAAUGCCAUAAAGAUGGUGGACGGCGAAUCCGAGGAGGAUCAAGACUUUGGAGAAUCGGUUGAAGAGGAGGAAGAUGGCGACGAGUCCGAUUUGAGUUCGGAAUCCAGUCUCAAGAAGAAGAUGAUGAAGCGGAAAGGGAAGCCGGAGAGCCCUUGGCUGAAACCCACCCGGAAAAGGCGGCGGAGAAGUAGGAAGAAAAAAGGUGGCGCCUUAGGUGCUGAAGCCUAUAAGCCGCCUUUGGGGAGUGGAGACGGCGCCCAGCCGGAGAGCAACAUGGAGUACAUGGAAGUCUCCCUGGAUUCCUUGGAUCUCCGAGUGAAGGGGAUUCUAUCUCCGCAAUCAGAAGGUCUUUCCAACGGCCCCGAAACGGUCGAAGCGGACAGCCUUCAGGAAGUGCCUCUCUGCAGCUGCCGAAUGGAGACGCCCAAAAGCCGAGAGAUCACCACCUUAGCCAACAACCAGUGCAUGGCGACCGAGAGCAUAGACAAGGAGCUGAGUCGGUGCACCAACCGCGUGCUGAAGUAUGAGCUGAUGCGCCCCUCGAACAAAGUCCAGCUCCUGGUUCUGUGCGAGGACCACAGAGGGAGAAUGGUGAAGCAUCAGUGCUGCCCCGGUUGCGGCUUCUUUUGUGCAGCGGGCACCUUCAUGGAGUGCCAGCCGGAGAGCAGCAUCUCGCACCGGUUCCACCGGGACUGUGCCUCCCAGGUCAAAGGCAUGAGCUACUGCCCACACUGCGGAGAGGAGGCCUCCAAGGCCAAAGAAGUGACGGUCGCAAAAGCGGACACCACGUCCACGCUCCCGCAGAGCUGCGAGCAGAAGAAACCCAGCGUUUCAGAGGGAAGGGCGGACACAACAACGGGAAGUGGGAUGGUCACGCAAACAUCCGAAGAAGUCAGGCUGGAGAAUUCCUCUUCGGAGGGGUUUGACUUGGCUGGGACGUCUUCCUUUCCCAAACCUGCCCCGCCUGGUCUGCCCCAAGGGCCGGUCAAAGAAACCUUGGAAAGCGCCUUGAUUGCCCUGGAUUCGGAAAAGCCCAAGAAAUUGCGGUUUCACUCCAAACAGCUGUAUUUCUCUGCCAGACAAGGGGAGUUGCAGAAGGUGCUCCUUAUGCUGGUGGAUGGGAUCGAUCCCAACUUCAAGAUGGAGCACCAGAAUAAGAGAACUCCUCUCCAUGCUGCUGCAGAGUCUGGACAUGUGGAUGUGUGCCAUAUGCUCAUUCAGGCUGGUGCUAACAUCGACACAUGCUCUCAGGAUCAGAGGACCCCGCUGAUGGAGGCGGCAGAGAACAACCAUCUGGAAACUGUGAAAUACCUCAUCAAGGCGGGAGCGUUAGUCGAUCCCAAGGAUGCGGAAGGGUCGACCUGUUUGCACCUGGCAGCUAAGAAGGGCCAUUAUGACGUGGUGCAGUAUCUCCUGACCAACGAAGAAAUGGAUGUCAACUGCCAGGACGACGGAGGCUGGACACCAAUGAUCUGGGCCACUGAGUACAAACAUGUCGAGUUGGUGAAGCUGCUCCUGGCCAAAGGGUCCGACAUCAACAUCCGAGACAAUGAGGAGAACAUUUGUUUACACUGGGCGGCGUUCUCGGGGUGCGUCGACAUCGCGGAGAUCUUGCUGGCCGCCAAGUGCGACUUGCACGCGGUGAACAUCCACGGGGAUUCGCCCCUGCACAUCGCGGCUCGAGAGAACCGCUACGAGUGUGUCGUCCUCUUUCUGUCUCGUGGCUCAGACGUCACCCUGAAGAAUAAGGAGGGGGAGACACCGUUACAGUGUUCCAGCCUCAAUUCUCAAGUCUGGGUGGCCCUGCAGAUGAACAAGACCCUCAAAGAGUCCUCUCCUGACAAACCGGUCCAGUUGGAGAAGAUCCUGAGCAAAGACAUCGCCCGGGGUUACGAGCGGAUCCCCAUCCCGUGCAUCAACGCCGUCGACAGCGAGCCCUGUCCUAGUAACUACAAAUACGUCUCCCAGAACUGUGUGACUUCCCCAAUGAACAUCGACAGGAACAUCACCCAUUUGCAGUACUGUGUGUGCAUAGAUGACUGCUCCUCCAGUAAAUGCAUGUGCGGACAACUAAGUAUGCGCUGCUGGUACGACCGGGAUGGUCGUCUCUUGCCAGAAUUCAACACAGCCGAGCCUCCUUUGAUCUUUGAGUGUAACCACGCCUGUUCCUGUUGGAGGACCUGCCGGAACCGCGUGGUCCAAGACGGGCUCCGGGCUCGGUUACAGCUUUUCCGGACGAGGAACAUGGGCUGGGGCGUGCGGACGAUGCAAGACAUUCCAUUGGGGACCUUUGUGUGCGAGUACGUUGGAGAGCUGAUUUCCGAUUCCGAGGCAAACGUACGUGAAGAAGACUGCUAUCUUUUUGACCUUGGCAACAAGGACAGAGACGUCUACUGCAUAGAUGCCCGCUUCUACGGCAACAUCAGUCGCUUCAUCAACCAUUUCUGCGAGCCAAACCUCAUUGCCGUCCGCGUCUUCAUGUCCCAUCAGGACCUGCGCUUCCCUAGAAUUGCCUUCUUCAGCAGCAGACACAUCCAGGCGGGAGACGAGAUUGGGUUCGACUAUGGCGAAAGGUUCUGGAACAUCAAGGGCAAAUACUUCAGUUGCCUGUGCGGCUCCCCGAAGUGCAGGCACUCCACUGCCGCCUUGGCUCAGCGGCUGGCGAGCCCAUCGCUCUCCCCGGAGGCCCCCGAAAACAGACUCCCCGACACCAGCUCUGCAGCAGCAACGGUAGCAGCAGCCAGCACCCCCUUUUGAGGGCUUUCUUGCCCCCCCCCUUUGACACCACAACUGCACACCCCACCCCACCCCGGUCACCAAAAAGAACAGCCACAGAUUGAAAGCAUUUCCAUGUUCCUCUCCUUAAGAAGAAGGGAAGCCCCCAGAAGGUAGCAGUACUCCGGGUAGCAAGGCACCCCCACAACUCUUUUUGGAGGGACAGAAGGAUGGAUGCCGUGUUGUCGUGACAAAAACAGGGAUCCUGCGCAGCUGCUCCCUCCCGUCCCCCGUUACGAGCCAAGGGAGAAGUCUGCCUCUCUCUCCCAAACGAAGGUUUGAAUGGUCAAGCUGCGCUCCGUUCCCCUUGUAGUAAAAACUCUGAAUACUUGACGCUGCCAAUUCUUUCUCACAGCUCAGAGGGGCGGCCUUUGCUCACCUACCACCGGACCUUACUUCCCUUUUGUGGACGCCGCUGGAAAAUAGAGAACGGUGUUGUCCUUCUCCCCUUGGAAACAACGUGCCUGCCCAGAAUGAGCAGUUGGCCUCUUGUUUCCCCUCCGUCCCAGUUGUCCCGGGCCUGGAAGCUCCCCAUCAAAGUGUCUUCUCCAUUACAGACCAGCUCUUGGGCAUAUUUCUUGCCUCUUCUCCCCCUAGUACAUUAUUUCACCUCCUCUCUCUUCUCUUUCCCGCUUCGUCUUGCUCUUCUUCCACCUUGUCUUUCUCUCUUUCUUCCUCUUGUUGUCCAUAUUUUUCUUCUUCCUUCUCCUCUUUCUUUGUCUCCUUCCUUCUCAUGAUCAUCUCCUCUUCCUCCGUCUCUACUUCUUUCUUCCUCUUCUCUUCCUCCUCCUGUCCUUCAUGAUUGUCCGCCUCCUCUUCUUCCUCUUUCUUUGUCUCCUUCCUCUUCUCAUCAUCUCCUCUUCCUCCGUCUCUCUUUCUUUCUUCCUCUUCUCCAUCCUCUUCUCUUCCUCCUCCUGCCCUUCAUGAUUGUCCGCCUCUUCUUCUUCCUCUUUCUUUCUUUGURUCCUUCCUCUUCACCAUCAUCUCCUCUUCCUCUGUCUCCACUUCUUUUUUCUUCUUCUCCAUCCUCUUUGAUUAUUGCCCCUCUUGUCUUCCUCCUCCUGUCCUUCAUGAUUGUCCACCUCCUCUUCUCCCUUCUCCUUUCUCUUCCCUUCAUGAUCAURCACUUUUCUUCGCCUCAUUCCUCCUCUUCGUUCUUCAACUCCUUCCUCCUUUUCCAUGAUUCUCCUCCUCUCCCUUUCUUCUCUUUCAGUUUUUUUCUCUUCUCUGCUUCCUUCCUCCAUCUCCUCUUCUUUCGUCUUCUCCUUCAUCCUCUCUUUGAUGAUUGCGCCUCUUGUCUUCCUCCUCCUGUCCUUCAUGAUUGUCUGCCUACUCUUCCUCCUCCUCCUCUUUCUUUGUCUCCUCAUUAUCAUCUCUACCUAUAUCUUGUCUUCUUCUACCUCUUCUUCAUCCUCUCUCUUGUCUUCCUCCCUCUCCUUCUGUCCUUCAUAAUAGUCCAUCUCCUCCUCUUCCUCCUUUCUUUUCCCUUCAUGAUCAUCCACUUUCCUU